AAAGAAUAAGAUUAAGAAAAAAUAAAAAUGAUUUUUGGUUAUUAGAAAUGAAAGAUUCGCAAAAGAGUGAUUGAUUCCCCUCUCUCCACACUAAAAACCCCAUUCUCUCUCACUAUAAAAAUUUACUGCCUUAAAUUUAAUUCGUAGAAGCUCCUUUUCUCUUGCUCGAGUUUCCUCUGUACAAAACCCCAUUCCGCAGAAACCCUAAUUUCGUAAUCUCGGCCGCGGUAGGAUCCGACCCGUUUCCAUGGCGACAAACGGGCCGAACCUGGAGUGCCGGAUGUACGAGGCCAAGUACCCGGAGGUGGACCAGGCAGUGAUGAUUCAGGUCAAGAGCAUGGCCGACAGCGGCGCGUACGUUUCACUCCUCGAGUACAACAACAUCGAGGGCAUGAUUCUCUUCUCCGAGCUCUCCCGCCGCCGCAUUCGGAGUAUCAGCAGCCUCAUCAAGGUUGGCCGCAUCGAGCCUGUAAUGGUGCUCCGUGUCGAUAAAGAGAAGGGCUAUAUUGAUCUCAGCAAGCGCCGAGUCUCCGAGGAGGACAUCCAGGGGUGCGAGGAGAGGUUCAAUAAGAGUAAGCUCGUGCAUUCGAUAAUGAGGCAUGUUGCUGAGACCAUGAACGUUGAUCUUGAGGAUCUCUAUAUCCAUGUUGGCUGGCCAUUGUACAAGAAAUAUGGGCAUGCAUUUGAGGCAUUUAAAGUGAUGGUUAAUGAUCCGAACUCAGUUCUUGAUUCCCUCACUCGCGAAGUCACAGAAGUUGGUCCUGAUGGACAAGAGGUGAAGAAAGUGGUUCCUGCAAUAUCAGACGAAGUGAAAGAUGCUUUAGUGAAAAAUAUUAGGAGAAGAAUGACGCCUCAACCCUUGAAGAUCCGUGCAGAUAUUGAAAUGAAAUGUUUUCAGUUUGAUGGUGUUCUGCACAUAAAGGAAGCAAUGCGUAAAGCUGAAGCUGCUGGCAAUGACGAUUGUCCAGUUAAAAUGAAACUUGUUGCUGCUCCAGCUUAUGUCCUUAACACCCAGACUCUUGACAAGGAGCAAGGAAUUGCAGUCCUUACUAAGGCAAUUCAAGCAUGCACUGAAGAGAUUGAACGCCAAAAAGGAAAACUUACUGUUAAGGAGCCACCAAGAGCGGUGAGUGAACGAGAGGAUAAGUUACUUGCAGAACAUAUGGCUAAGCUAGGACAGCAAAACGAGGAGGUCAGUGGUGAUGAAGACAGUGAAGAGGAAGAAGAUACUGGGAUGGGUGAAAUUGAUCUUGAGAAUUCGGGUAUGGGGUUAACAGAGUAAAACUUUUUCCUCCCCCUCCCCCCUAUUGUUCCUUUUUCAACCUUGGGAAUUUGUCAACAUUUUUGUUAGUCUUCUCUUCCCCAAUUUUUAACUUGAUUUAAUGGUUCCUCGUUAAAUUCUCCGUCUAUUUUUUUUCUCAAUGCACAACUGUAGCUGAAUUCCAAUUUUGACCACAAUUCUGAAUCCCAAUAUACUUUGUAGCUUCGCAUUUGCUGCUUGUUUAUGCGGAUAUUGUUGGUCAAAUGCCAAACAAUUCCAAUACUUAGAAUUCUUAAUAAUGUUUGAAUGAAUCCUAUUUUACGGAUGUUA